AUGGAUAUCUCUAAUCUUCCUGGAACACAGCUAACUGCUUUUGCAGUGUUAGAUUCCACAGUGGCGCAAGAUGAUGUAGAUGAAAAUGUUGAAAGACAAACAUCCCAGAAAAAGAAAAUCAUAAAACUCAGAAAAUGGAAAGCACAGGAUCUCCCAGAAAAGACAAAUGUUCCAUGUUACCCAUAUAAACCAUCAAUUGCUGAUAUUCCACGUAAGCCUAGUGAGACCCUUGAGCUUUUCUUGGAUGUAUUAGCUAUUGAUCACCUUGUGAAACAAACUGUAAACUAUGCAGUACAGAAUGGUAAACAUUCAUUUGCACUGACAAGUGAUGAAAUGAAAACCUUCAUAGGAAUUUUGUUAGUGUCAGGCUACUGUUGCAUUCCACGUCACAGACUGUAUUGGCAGAGACAACCAGACGUGUACAAUGAGCUUAUUGCUGACUCCAUGCGCCGCGAUCGCUUUGAUGAGAUCAUGAAAUAUUUUCAUGCUGCAGACAACACAAAGCUUCCUAAAAAGGACAAGUAUGGCAAAGUUUCUCCCCUCAUGGAAAUCCUGAAUGGCAACUUUCUCAAGUACGGGGAAGUAUUUGGGCCAAUAAAUAUAUCCAUUGAUGAGUCAAUGAUACCUUACUUUGGUCGGUAUCCCACAAAACAGUUCAUCAGGGGAAAACCUGUACGAUGGGGUCAUAAAGCAUGGGUUGCAGCUGAUCCAAAUGGUUAUGUUUUUGAUAUAUCUGUUUACCAAGGCCAAAGAUGGUGCUAA